GGGGCGCUGAGGCGGCGUUAUGGCGGCGCGCUGAGCGCUGAGGGGAUCAUGGCGCAGCCCCCGCCGUUCCCCGCCCGCCUCCCGCCGCCUUUCCGCGCCUUCCCGCCGCCCUUCCCCGGCCCCCCUGCCCGCCCCGCGCCCUUCCCGGUGGGGCCGGCGGCCCCCCCGCCCUUCCUCCUGCCGCCGCCCGCCGGCCCUGUAGUUGAGGCCGGGCCGCGCUUCCCGCCGGGCGGCCCCUACUUGGCGGCGGCCCCGCCGCGGAUCGGGGCCGAGGAGGAGGCGGCGGCGCAGCGGCAGCAGGACGAGCUGUGGCUGUCGCAGUUCCUGGGCCGCCGGCGCGCCGCUCUCCCUCCGCCGCCGCCGCCCACCGCCGCCAACCCCAGCGGCGCCCGGGCCGUGGCGGUAGCGGCGCUGGGGCGGGUGGCCCGGGUGGCCGCGCUGUGCCGGGCCCUGCGGCGGAGCGAGGCCGAGGGCGACGGGCCGGGCUGGGCCCGGGCGCGGGAGGAGGCGGAGGCGGCGCUGCGGGAGCUGCGGGAGGUCGUGCGGCCCCUGCGGGAGCCCGGAUACCGCGAGGAGCUGCGCAGGAAGGCAGAGAGGGUGAGGAAGAGGAGGCUGCGCCUGCAGCGGAGGAAGCUCGAGGCCAGGGCGGCCAAGGAGGAGGCGGCGGCCCGGGCCGCCGAGCGGGAGGCCAAGAUCGACCAAUGGCGGGCCAAGUGCAUCCAGGAGGUGGAGGAGAAGAACCGGGAACGAGAGCUUAAGGCUGCUGCUGACAGUGUCUUGUCUGAAGUACGGAAGAAACAAGCAGACACCAAGAGGAUGGUGGAUGUCCUGCGUGGGCUGGAAAAGCUUCGGAAACUGAGAAAAGAGGCUGCUGCCAGAAAAGGUGUUUGUCCACCCCCCUCAGCAGAUGAAGCAUUUGAAACUCAGGUGGAGAGUCUGAAAACGUUGCUCAAAACUCGCACAGAGCUGUAUGAGGCUGAGGAGAGAGCAUUAAGGGUUAUGCUAGAAGGAGAACAGGAGGAGGAAAGAAAGAGGGAAAUGGAAAAGAAACAGAAGAAGGAAAGGGAAAAACUACUACAGCAGAAACUGGAAAUGGAUUCCAAGCUGUUUGGGGAUCCAGCUGAAUUCCCACUCGCCCACCUAUUGCAGCCCUUCAGAGACUACUACUUACAAGCUGAGCAUUCUGUAGCAGCUCUUAUCCAGAUCAGGCAUGAAUGGGAUCAGUACUUGGUGCCAGCUGACCACCCCGAAGGAAGCUGCAUCCCUCCAGGAUGGGUUCUCCCCACUCUCCCCACCAAUGACACUUGGGCCACUGCCGUCAGAUGAUUUAGUAAUAAAUUAUGUUAACGUUG